UGGCGGGGCAACGAGCUGCAGAGGUGCAUCCGCAAGAAGCGCAUGGUGGGAGACCGCAUGUUCUUAGAUGACUUACACAAGCUCAACAAGAGGAUCCGGUACCUGUACAGGCGCUUCAACCGCACUGGCAAGCACCGCUAGGAGCAGCC